CGUGGAGACAGCUGAGGAAGCCAAGGAGCCCGCUGAGGCUGACAUCAAUGAGCUCUGCCGGGACAUGUUCUCCAAAAUGGCCACUUACCUAACUGGGGAACUGACGGCCACCAGCGAAGAUUAUAAGCUCCUGGAAAAUAUGAAUAAACUAACCAGCUUGAAGUACCUUGAAAUGAAAGAUAUUGCUAUAAACAUUAGUAGAAACUUAAAGGACUUAAACCAGAAGUAUGCUGGACUGCAGCCUUAUCUGGAUCAGAUCAAUAUAAUUGAAGAGCAGGUAGCGGCUCUUGAGCAGGCAGCCUACAAGUUGGAUGCAUAUUCAAAAAAAUUGGAAGCCAAGUACAAGAAGCUGGAAAAGCGAUGAAAAAAAUUAUUCCUAUGGGAGAAAGUCUUUUUUAAUGUGGAAGAAUGUUUUAUAAGACCCAAAUCCUGAGGCUGAUGGAAUUGUCAGAACUCAAAAGGAACAAUGCUGGUUGUCCCAGGAAUAUCCUAACAUUGGAGUAAACUGGAGAACUAUGCUUAUUUUUGAACCGCCUUUGAGGCAGUAUCUCUCAGAAACUCAUAACUCUCUGCCUUCUACUUGAAUGCUUCACCAACCAUUCAGGCCAAGGCUCUCAAAGUUCAGAAUAAACAACCUGGGCUUGGUAGUAGAGUCAAAUGAGAAGAACUAUUUUUUACUGGUACUGGUUUGAUUACUUCAUUAUUUCCUUUAAAUGACUGGUCUUAAGUUGCUGUGUAAAUGAUUUUUUUUGCUGUCAGUGAUGCUAAUGUAUUAAGACUCUAAAUUAAAAAACAAAUUUGGCCUUA